AUGGCCUCUAACCAACCAGGACAGUGCUGCACUGUUGGUGUCAAGCAUGAGGGCGAGCCGACCGGCAAAAUCAUCAAGGUCGGCCAGUACGAUACCUACGUGGCCGAGCCCAAGGGCAAGAAGCACGAUGGUGCCGCCCUGCUUUACAUCCCCGAUAUCUUCGGCAUCUGGCAAAACUCCAAGCUCAUGGCCGAUCAGUUCGCUGCCAACGGAUACCACACCAUCAUCGUCGAUGUCUUCAACGGCGACGUAUUCCCCAAUCCCCCUCCUCAAGAUGUCAUGAAAUGGAUCCAAGAGGGCGGGGACGGCAAGAACCCUCACACCAAGGAGGCCGUUGACCCUAUCGUGGAGGUCGGCCUGAAGUACUUGAAGGACCAGGGGUUCACCAAGAUUGGUGCCGUAGGGUACUGUUUCGGCGCCAAGUACGUCGUCCGCCACUACAAGGACGGCAUCAAGGUCGGCUACGUCGCCCACCCUUCCUUUGUCGAUGAGGACGAGCUCGCUGCCAUCACCGGUCCCCUGUCCAUCUCCGCCGCGGAGACGGACCAGAUCUUCCCGGCGGAAAAGCGCCACAAGUCCGAGGAGAUCUUGCAGAAGGUCGGCCAGCCAUACCAGAUCAACCUUUUCAGCGGCGUCCAGCACGGAUUUGCGGUGCGUUGCGACCUCUCCGUCAGGGUCCAGCGGUGGUCCAAGGAGCAGGCCUUUUACCAGGCUGUUGGGUGGUUUGACGAGCACUUGUUGUGA